UUCAUGCAGAAUCAGCGGCUUCAAACGCCAUUAAUGUCCACCUAUCUCUAAAACUCCCUUUUUAUCUUGCUUUCGCAUUCAACGAAAAGUCAAUUAUUGAUCCCCACCUCUAAGUCAAAUUUUGUCUGCUAAUUCCUUCUUCCCAUAUAUACCCCUGUACUUUGGUAAAAUGUCAACAAUCGCCUCGCAUUCUCAGCCGUCCGCCGCCGCCGCCGCCGACAACGUCGCAUCAUUCGCCAUCCGCACCUUCCUGAAUCGCCUCUAUCAUUCUCUCCGUCGCGGGCUCUCUCACCACCGCCCCUGGUUGGAGCUCGUGGAACGCAGCUCCUUCUCCAGGCCAAGUUCCCUGUCCGACGCCACCUCGCGCGUCCGCAAGAACCUCUCCUAUUUCCGCGUCAAUUACCUAACCCUAAUCGCCGCCGUGCUCUGUCUGUCCUUCGCCUCCCACCCCGCCUCCCUCCUCGCCCUCCUUGUGCUCCUCAUUGCCUGGCUCUACCUCUACAGCCUCCGCCCCUCCGAUCAGCCGCUCCUCAUCCUCGGCCGCACAUUCUCCGAUCGCGAAACCCUAUGGCUCCUAAUUCUUCUCUCCGUCAUCGUCAUCUUCCUCACCAAUGUUGGAUCGCUUCUCAUCUCCGCAACACUGAUCGGAUUCGGCAUUGUGUGCAUCCACGGCGCUUUCAGGGAUCCGGAGGACCUGUUUCUGGAUGAUCAGGAACUGAAUGGUUUUGGCUUAUUCGCAUUCAUCAGCGGCACUGGAUCCGCGUCAUCUGCCAACGUUCCCGGCGUACCUCCCAUCGUCUCCCAGGUCUGAUCGAUGUUCAUGGAACUAUUAAUCUUCAAAAACCCAAGUCCAAGUUCAUAUUCAUCCCUAACAUUUCAUUUGAUUCAUCGAUAUUCGAUACACAUUCUAUAUUGCCUAUAAGAGGUUAGAAUUGGUUAGGUUUUUGAACGUAUUGAUGCUUUGAAUUCCAUAUUUUGAUAUUUUGACUUGACAAAAACUGUGAAUUUUUUUUUUUUUUUUGAAAGAGACAAAAACUGUGAAAUGUAUAGCUGCAUUUUGAUUACAAUUGCUC